CACAACAGCGUCCUUGGGCUCUCGGGGACAGAUGUGGCCCCUCUGCUGGUUUGCUGGGUGGAGACGUCCACGCCCUCGGGGCAGGAAGGAAACCGCGUUAUUUCGGUGGAUCUGGUGCGCCGAGUUCCCAGCAGUCAGCGCGGGGCUCGCCGAGCUGCACAAGGACCAGACUCGUGCUUGCUCUGCUCUGUCUGGUUUGCGCGUUCAGUUGGGAGGGACAGUGGGGGACAUGACCGCGCGCUCCUGCUGCGGUUUGGGGGGCGCUGAUGGCAGGGGUCCCUCGUGGGGGGCCUGCAGGUCCCUCACAGAGAGUGUCCCAUCCUGGGUGUUUCCUCUGAUCGCUCACUGCCCCUCUGACCCUCUGCUGGAGUGGUGAGGAAGCUGAGGCUUGGAGUAAGUGCAGUGACCCCGAGGUGGUGCCCUGACCCAGGCCGGCGGGCCCAGUGCCCACGCACGGGCAGUUGUCCCCCUGCCGGCCCGAGGCCGUGGCGGUGUGCCGGGGAGCGUGGGGGAGGGGAGCAGCCCAGCCCCGUGCCUGUCACACCCGAACUGUGCGGACAGCACCAGGCCCCGUGGGGUCCCCCUUCCCCGUCCCCACGGAGUUUCUCCCUCCGUCCCGCAUCUCCCUGGGGCUUCAGGCACCCAGUGUCGUCGUGUCUGAGCGACAGCCCGGAGGGUCCUCGCUGGCAGGUGGAGGCAGGAGGCGGUGGGGUGCCCGGCCUCCUGCUCCUGGGAAGUGGGCCAUGUGGCUGUUGCCGCGUUUCUGCACGUCGUCCGCCCCCAGGGGCUGCCGCCGCCUCCUGCCUGCAAACCCCCUUUGCUGGUCAGCACUCCCCCCAGUGGGUGAGUGGGUGUGUGCUCAUGUGCGCGCGGGCAGGUGUGCAGCUGGCCCCCAGGCAGCCUCGGUCUCCCCACGCUCCCGAGGUCGGUGCUGAGCUGGCUGGGGGAGUGGCCCAGCUGGGUCUGCCUGGGAGGCCCCCCGACAGGUGCCUGUGACCUUGGCUGGCGCCGAGCUCUGCAGGGAGACGUGUGAGCUCCCAGGGCAGGCCGUCCAGCCGGCUGCUCGGCCAGUGCGGGCGGGGCCGCCUGUGGAGCUGGAACCAACCCCUCUGAGCCAGGCAAGGAUCCGCCGCGUCAGCAGCUGGGACCUCGGGAACUAGGCUUUUGUGGGUCAAGUGGCCGGAAAUCGGUCGUAUCAUGAGUCCUGACGAGCCCGAGGAACCAGGCGCUCUCCAUGAAAGGGGGGCGGUCUAACACAGGGCAGGGGUUGGCAGGGGGUGGGCAGUGUCCUUCUGAAGGGCAGGACGGCAGGACCCACGGAAACGCCGGCCUGGGGCUGAGGGGGCCCCGCAGAGGAGAGGCGGCCCCAGCCGCAGGGCAGCAUCGCUGUGUCCUGGGACCCGCCCUCUGGGUCUGUGCUGUACGCUGGGUCGAGGCGUGUGUCCCGUCCCGGGGCCCUGGUGUCGUCAGAGCUGGGCCUUCGGCGCGGACGGCCUCGGGUGGCGAGGAGGGGCCUUCCUUUUCGGUGAGGGGGGUUUUGGAGACACGCACAGAGUGGGCAGUGUCGUCCCCACCACAGCCCCGCCCCGGGCGUCCCCCCUGCCCCUGUCCUCCCGUCUAUACACAUCGUAGCAGCAGCUCCGCGAAGACGAGAGCCGCAAGUCUCACGGCACAACCGCAAAGUCGGUUUCCUCUGAGGCUGCCACACACCCCAGCACAGGCUCGAGGUUCCCCGGUCGCCUCGUCCGUCGCCCUUUUUCCACAGCCCCCUCCCCCGCGUGUGACGCGAGGUGUGUCUCUCCAGACCCCCGCUGCUUCUCUCCUGCUCCUUGUGGAGGGGCCAGGCCUCCGUUGCGGGGUCUCCACUCCGGUCACCGCUCAGGUCACCGCUCAGGGUGUCCUGGGACUCGGCAGGGGACCUGUCGUGUCCAGUCCCUCAGGGCAGACAGGCGGGGAGGGGGUGACCCCAGCCCCGUCCUCAGCCCUCAGGGCUUCGCUCCAGCACCUCCUGGGAGGCAGCCCCCACCCCUCUGCCUGCCGCUUUCCCUCCCUGUCCCAGCCGACCCUCGGCUGCGCUGGGGCAGGGGAAGCCCGUGCAGGAAGGGCAGGGUGCGAGCUUGGACGCUUCCCUUUAUUUUCCAGUUUUCAAAGCAGUGACAUCAUUCUCCGCUAGGGUUUGCGUUGUGGUGAGACUGUGGACUUGAGCAUCGCGGUGCCUCAGUCCCCGGGCUUGCUGCCUCCUGGGUGCUCAGCCACACCCUCCCCUCCCCCCCACCUCCUGGCCGCCGCAGGCCCCCGAGGGUGACACCUUGCUUUCUGGUGUGUGAAGACCUCCCGGGCUUCUCGGAGCAUUUCCAGCCCACCCUGGAAUUACCGUAUUUUGCUGUUUAUAAUGCACACUUUUUUGCCCAAAUUUUCGAGGGAAAAAUAAGCAUGUGCCUUAUAUAGGGGUAGUACUACUUCUGUAUCUAUGUGAGUGCUUUUAAUGCUUUUGUUUGUGCUUGUGUGUUUAAACUGUAACCGUAGAAAGCAGUAACGAUGUCCAUGUGCAAAGUCAUGCCCCGGAAUAUGAUAAUCAGUUUUGUUCCUAAAUAACUAAAUGAAUUGAUUAAAACGAAAGAUUUUUUUUCCUGAAAGUUUGGGCCAGAACCAUGGGUGUGUAUUAUACAUGGCAAAGUACGGUGAGCACUUCUCCCUGUUUCCGUGGGUGGGAAGUGGGUACGGGCAGACCCCCUUGUUUUUAAUCCGUCCCUCCACUCGAGAACACUCGGGCUGCUGAGGACACCUGGCCAUCGUGAGCAGAGCCGCUGUGAGCACAGCUGUGCAAACACCUCCCCGGGGCCCUGCGCACAGACUGUGACCAAGAGUCUAGUUCCUUUGUGUCCCUCUCACAACCCACUCGCAGUCUCAGACCCCGGGAGCGCUGCCGAGACCCCUGUGGUUUCCCACCCGCCUCUUCCCCGAAGGUCAGCACUCUGCCGCCUGCGGCUGCGCCUCCCUCCCAGCCACGCGUCCCCCCUUCUGUCUGUGUUCCCUGUCUCCAGCCGCUUGGUGGCCGUCUCAGACGGGACGGCAGGGUGGCCUCGAGCCCCGGACACCUGUGUGUGUGUCUCACCCAAACCCAGCAGGCCGUCACAGCCCCCACGGGUACCUCACGGGCCCGCAGCCUCCCCGGAGACCUGUCCUCACUUCUCUGCGUGCCCCAGAGACGUCCUUCAUGGUAGAGGGGAGUCGGGUCACGUGCCACGCUCGUCCUGCCUCCCUGUCACCUGCAGCCGUGGGCGGGGCUGUGUCUGAGAUUCGUGCCCACGCUCUGCCCGCCCGUCCCUGCCGCCGUGGUCAGUGCCCUCCUGCCACGCAGCCGUCUGUGGCGCUUCCUCUCAGAAGAACAGGCUGCUUCUUGCACAGAAGGAAAUGGCCAGGUGCACAGCGGCGCUUCGGUGAUUAAAUAUUGAAGGGAACAGAUGUCCCUUCUGUGAGAAAGUGGCACAGGGCAGUGAGGAGUUGAGCGCGUGCCGGCUCGUGACUGGAGGCAGGACCCUGAGCCCGUUAAAGCAGCGCAUGAAUCAAUGAGAAGCACCACCGCACACUUUGUAGCCCCGAGUCCCGCACAGCCUCACGCCGCGCCGGCCCAUCUUGCUGGCAGGGGUGCGUUCGCCACCGACCACCCGAGGGAGCAGCCCAGCGAGGGCCUCCGGCCUUGUGAGCUGUGCGCGUCACCCGCCCCACAG